AUGAUGAAAACAUCAAGAGCUAGACAGAAUUUCGUCACAGAAUGUGAAAAUGCCAUCAAUAAACAAAUCAAUGUAGAACUACAAGCUGCUUACAAUUAUAUGGCAUUCUUCACUUACUUCGAUCGAGAUGAUGUAUCAUUUCCGAAAGCAGCUGAAUUCUUUCGAAAAGCUUCACAUGAGGAACGUGAACAUGCAGAGAAGUUGGUGAAAUAUCAAAACAAACGGGGUGGUCGAAUAGAAUUUAUGGAUUUAAGAACAGCUCAGAAAACUGAAUUAAAUGAUCUUGAAGAAGCAUUUGAAAUUGCUCUAAGUUCUGAAAAGUCGAUUUCUGAAAAACACAAUGAUCCAGAGUUAUGUGAAUUUAUUGAAAUUGAAUGCUUAGAAAAUAAAGAACAAUUCAUUAAAACAAUUGCUGAUUAUUUAACACAGAUUCAACGCAAUGGGAAACAACUUGGUGAAUAUUUAUUUGAACAAUUAACAUUGAAAGAAUAA